AUGAUCAUGCCUGUUGAAAGUAAAGUGGUCUCGCUGCUGGCAAGAACAAGCUUGAUCCGCAGUGCUUGGGUUCAGUCAGAGAAUGAAGAAACUGAUGAAUCUACAAAGAAAUAUGAAAUCUCCAUCUCCGGAACCAACGUAGUGCUGAAAUGCCCUGAGGAAUCAUCUGAGCAUGGAGGAAUUAAGUGGCUAAAAAAUGACAAGCCCCUUGAUUCUAAUGAACAGCAGUUAAAACUGGAAAAUUUUUCCGAAAUGGAGAACAGUGGUUAUUAUUCCUGCUAUGUAAACCAAGAGAAGAAGCAUCACCUCUACCUGAAAGCGAGAGUGUGUGAGAACUGCAUGGAGGUGAAUCUGAAAGCCAUCGUUGGAAUUGUCAUAGCUGAUAUCUGCAUCACUCUGGGUUUGCUGCUCCUGGUUUAUUACUGGAGCAAGAACAGAAAGGCAAAGGCCAAACCUGUGAUGCGAGGAACAGCGGGUACCGGCAACAGGCCCAGGGGACCAAAAAAGGAGAGGCCACCACCUGUUCCCAACCCAGACUAUGAGCCCAUCCGGAAAGGUCAGCAGGACCUGUAUGCUGGCCUGAAUCAGAGAAAUGUCUGA